CAUAGAAGUAGAACAGUGUUCUGCAAAAUUUAGGGUUUAAGGUCAGGACCCUGAGAGAAAGAAAGCAGAAAAUCUUGGCGGAAUCAGAACGAUGAACCCGCUAACCCUAGUGAAACGCAUUCAGAACAUCAAUUCCAGAGAAGCCCAAUUAGGGAUUUCAGAGGAGGCUUCGUGGCACGCCAAGUACAAAGACUCCGCCUACGUCUACGUCGGUGGCGUUCCCUUCGAUCUCACCGAAGGCGAUCUCCUCGCCGUUUUCGCACAAUACGGAGAGAUCGUGGAUGUGAAUCUUGUUCGCGAUAAGGCGACUGGGAAAUCCAAGGGGUUUGCGUUUGUGGCGUACGAGGACCAGAGGAGCACUAUUCUUGCUGUGGAUAAUUUGAACGGAGCUCAAAUUUUGGGGCGGACAAUUAGGGUUGAUCAUGUGACUAAGUACAAGAAGAAGGAGGAGGAAGAUGAAGAGGAGGCGCAGCGGAAGAGGGAGGAGCGGGGUGUUUGCCGGGCUUUCCAGAAAGGCGAAUGCACUCGUGGAGAUUCGUGCAAGUUUUCGCAUAAUGAGCAAAGAGCUGCAAACACAGGUUGGGGUGAAAAAGACCCAAAAUGGGGGCGUGACAGUUAUGAGGGCCCAAAAAGGGGUGAUAAAAGAUCUAGCUUCAUUCCGCCAAAUCGUGUUCCAGGGCCAAAAGUUCAGGAAGAGUUCAGAUCAGGGGAUAGAGAUUUGGACUACAGAGGAAAGGGCAACGGGAGGGACUUCGAAAGUCAUCCCAAGCGAAGUGAUGGGAGGGAGCAAAAGAGACUGGGUAGACAGGGGGGUGAUGAUGAAAAGUUUAAACCUAGAUCAAGAGAUCAUGAUAGGGAGGAAGAAAAUAUAUCAAGAAGACGGAGUGUGGAUGAUGAAUCGGGGCCCAAUUCAAGAGAACAUUAUGGUAGGAGAGAAGAACAGAGAUCGAGAAGGCACAAUGAUGAUGAGUUUCAGCCAAAGUCAAGAGAAGAUUAUGAUAGAAAGAAAGAUAAAAGACCCCGAAGGUGUGGUGAUGAUGAGGAACUUGAGCCAAAGCUGAAUUCUAGAGAAGAUCAUGAUAGGAGGGGAGAUGAUAGAAGGGAAAAUAAGAAACUGAGAAGGCAUAGUGAUGAUGGUGAAUUUGAGCUCAAAUCUAAAGAAGAUCGUGGUAGGAGGGAAGAUGAUAGUAGGGAAGAUAAGGAACUAAGAAGGCAUGCUGGUGAUGCUGAUUUUGAUCCAAAAUCUAGUGACAAUCAUGAUAGGAUGGAUGAAAAGAGAUUGAGAAGGCACAGUGGUUAUGAAAAUCGUCCGAAGUCCAGAGAAGAUUAUGAUAGGAGGGAAGAACAGAGCAAUGCCGAUGAAUUUGAUCUGAAGUUGAGAGCAGGCCAGGAUAAGAGGGAAGGAGAGAGCAGAAGGGAUGAAGAUGCUGAGGUUCAGCCAAAGUCUUGUCGUAUGAGUGAAAAGGGAGACUGAGUAGAUGGGUGUGAUGAUAAUCUAGGCCAAGAUCAAAACUUAGAUCAUUGAAAAGAAGGGAAGAGAAGAAUACAAGUACCACAAAGGAAGGACCAGAAUCCUAUAUGGAAAAAUAUUGAUACAAGAGGGGACACAUUAAUGAACUAAUGGGUAACAACCAUCACAAAAAGAGAAAUAAUGAUUUAAAUCAAAUAUGGUGCUCUUUCCAUCUUUGGCAUCCCUUGUGUGCAAUAAGAUCACUCCUGUUAAGCAAUGUGAGACUUGUUUCUUUUUUCUUGUGUAAGCUAAUAUCCUAACUAUGUUUCCAUUGAUUUGUUGUGUUUGUUUUUUCUAUUAGGUUUUUGUUGGUGUUUCUCUUGGAUGAGAUUUAAUUGAUAUGUGCAUUUGACUAGCAAUGUUGUAACUCUGCAUAAAAUCAUUUCUUGAUUUGCAGUUUAUCAUGCUUGCUGAAGUCCAUUUGAAUAGGAGAGUUGUAUGUGUA